AUGAUGGAGGUGCAAUACAGAGAUCGGAUGAUCACUGACGUAGUCAAGAGUUUGAGCCGGAAGGCGUGGCGAUCAGAUGGUCUUGCGCCAACGCUCACUACGAACUCGAAGGUGUACGACUUUCGUUCAAACAGACUCCUUACACCACCUCACCUGAUGGCCCUGCACGGCUUUUGCCUGGAGAAGAUAUCUUUUCGAUCAAAUUCCAAGCGGUCAUUCUACAGCGGGCUUGCUGGAAAUGCUAUGGGGGUGCCUGUGGUAGGUGCAUGCCUAGCAGCCGUGCUGUUGGCAACAAAUCUUAGAGCGCAAUUUCGUUUGCCAAGGGCACCUGGUCCCUCUGGCUCUAUUUCCUUGAGUGAGAAUGGUUGUGGUUCUGAAUCAGAAUCGGAUACACCAUCCAUUGACUCAAAUUCAGAUUUUCCAGAACAUUUGGCCAACCAAUGGCCCACCAUCACGCAUGCCGGGUCAGGGUUUAGUGUUGCGGAAUUGCAGCGCUUGUAUGAGUCUAAGCCUGGAACUGUACUCUGGAAAUGA